AAGAUUCAAAAGAAACACUUUGCCUUUUUUGAAAACGCCCUAGAUUAACGGCACAAAUAUAAUUUUACGAUCUUAGAGAGAGAGAGAGAGAGAAGCAAGAAUUGGGAAAGCUCUUUUCGUUUCGCUCUUUCAUCAGAUUCUCCGUGCAGUCCGGGGUUUUGAUCAAAAUCAUUUUUUUUCCUCGGCGGAACACUGUAUCCAAAUUAUUGAAGAUGUCACUCACUCCUGAUCAAUCUAAGAAAGUGGGAUCGGGGAUGACACCGUCUCCCCAUCCUUUUCUUACCCCUCACCCUGAACGGCGGCGUAUGGACCCGAGAAUGGUAGAAUGGAACUCAAACCGUCAGGACAGGGAUAAAGAGAGCAAUGUGCAAGUUUUGCUAAGAUGCAGGCCUUUAAGUGAUGAUGAGCAAAGGUUGAAUGUGCCGAAGGUGAUAUCAUGUAAUGAUCACAAAAGAGAAGUCACUGUUUUGCAAAACGUAGCUAAUAAGCAAAUAGAUAGAGUUUUCACCUUUGACAAGGUUUUUGGCCCCAAAGCACAGCAAAGGUCUAUAUAUGACCAGGCAAUUUCACCAAUUGUUAAUGAAGUCCUUGAGGGAUUCAACUGCACUGUCUUUGCAUAUGGGCAGACUGGCACUGGAAAAACAUAUACAAUGGAGGGUGGGAUGAGAAACAAGGGUGGGGAUUUGCCUGCGGAGGCUGGAGUUAUUCCAAGGGCAGUUCGUCAAAUUUUUGAUAUGCUGGAGACACAGAAUGCUGACUAUAGCAUGAAGGUGACAUUUUUGGAACUGUACAAUGAAGAAAUAACUGAUUUACUGGCUCCCGAAGACAAUUCAAGAUCGACUGAAGAUAGACAAAAGAAACCGAUUUCCCUGAUGGAGGAUGGAAAGGGGUGCGUGGUUAUAAGAGGUCUUGAGGAGGUAGCCGUGUACAGUGUGAGUGAAAUUUAUACUCUCUUGGAACAAGGGGCAUCCAAAAGGCGUACUGCAGACACCUUGUUAAACAAGCACAGCAGCCGUUCUCAUUCCAUCUUUACCAUUACUGUCCAUGUAAAAGAAGCAACUGUUGGUGAUGAGGAGCUAAUUAAAUGCGGCAAGCUUAAUCUUGUUGAUUUGGCAGGAUCAGAGAACAUAUCUCGCUCAGGUGCACGAGAGGGUCGGGCAAGAGAAGCAGGGGAGAUAAACAAAAGCUUACUCACCCUAGGCCGUGUUAUAAAUGCACUUGUGGAACAUUCUGCUCAUAUACCUUACAGGGAUAGCAAACUUACCAGGUUGUUAAGAGACUCCUUAGGGGGCAAAACAAAAACUUGCAUCAUCGCUACAAUUUCUCCAUCUGCUCAUUGUUUGGAAGAAACUCUAAGCACUUUAGAUUACGCCUUCCGUGCCAAAAACAUAAAAAACAAGCCCGAGGCCAAUCAAAAAAUGUCCAAGGCUGUGUUGCUUAAGGAAGUGUUUUUGGAAAUUGAGAGAAUGAAACAAGAUGUUCGAGCAGCAAGGGAAAAGAAUGGUGUUUAUAUUCCGCAUGAAAGGUUUGCCCGAGAAGAAGCCGAAAAGAAGGCGAAGAAUGAGAAGAUUGAGCAAUUGGAGAAUGAUCUCAACCUCAGCGAGAAACAAGUGGAUACAUUUCGUGAGCGCUAUUUAACUGAGCAAGAACAGAAACUGCAUUUGGAAAGUGACCUCAAAGAAUGCAAGAUAAAUCUGGAAAACAGUAACAAGUCAUUGCUUGAUCUUCAAGAAAACUACCUGUUAGCCAUCACAACAUUGAAGGAAAAGGAGUUUAUUAUUUCCAAACUGUUAUGCUCAGAAAAAUCUUUAGUUGAACGUGCAAAGGAGUUGCGCACCAAUCUGCAGGGUGCAACAGAGGAUAUAUCUUCACUGUUUGCAAAAUUAGAACAGAAAGACAAGAUGGAAGCAGAGAACCAGAGCAUGGUUUUGAAUUUUGGUUCUCAGCUGGAUCAGAGCUUAAAAGACCUGCACAGGACCAUCCUGGGGUCAGUUUCUCAACAACAGCAGCAUUUAAGAUGCAUGGAAGAACAUGUCCGCUCAUAUCUUGCUAGCAAAUGUGAUGUAACACAGGCGCUUGAAUUAAGAAUUAAGAAAAUGACAGAGACCUAUACAUCAGGAGCAGCAACCUUGAAGGAGCUUGCCAAUACGCUGCAAAGGAAAGCUUCCUCAGACCUGGAGCAGAUAAAUUCUACAAUCUCAAAGCAGGCAAUGGCAGUUGAGAAUUUGCUUAUAACUUUGGUUUUGGAGGCCAAGGAGGUUAUUGGUGACAUCCAAAACUCUCUUGAUGAACAAAAACAGUUGCUGGCUUUCUCCAGUCAACAACAGGAGGAGGGGUUACAACGCAGUUUGGUUUCAGCACAAGUAAUUUCAAAGGCAACCAUGAGCUUCUAUAAUAACAUUCACAAUCGUGCUUCUAAAGUAAUGUCAAUACUUGAAGAAAACCAAGUUGAGAGAUCCCACCAAUUAAUAAACUUUGAGGAGAAUUUUAAGGAGGAGGCUGCUAGAGAAGAAAAAAUGGCUUUGGAGAAAAUUGCGAGAAUAUUAGAAACCUUGACAUCUAAGAAAACAUAUAUGGUCUCAAAGGCAUCAAGGAACAUCCAGGACUCAAGUAUACAAGAGAACACGAGAUUGAAGCAUGAGAUUUCCAAGAUGCAGCAAGUUUCAACUGUUGCUAAGGAGGAGUUGAUUGAAUACGUGGAAAAGGUGGAAAGUCAUUUCAUGGAAGACACAUUCUCAGCCACUGAGUCUAGGACUGUCAUGGAAGAUUGUCUUUAUGAGUGCUCAAAUAGAGUGGAUUAUUCUGGGAAGCAGUGGGAAAAUGCACAGUCGUCCUUAAAUAGUCUUAUUAAGAUUGGUAUUUCAGAUAUUGAGUCUAAUAUAAUGGAAAAUAUAUAUGCAAAUCAUUUUGCACAUGAAGAAUUUGUGUCUGCGUCAUCCUCAGUAAAUGCUGAUCUUGAUGCUAGAGCCUGUGACAUUCUUGUAGCUGUUAAAGAUUCUUUGAUCCUGGAUCGUGAAAAUAAGAAGGAAAUAGACUCUAUGACAACCUUGUGCUUGGAUCAGCUUAAACUGACACAGGAAAAGCACGGUGGAAGUAUGUCAAAUAUCCGUAGCCAAGCAGAAAAGUGCCUCGUAAAAGAUUAUUUGGUCGAUGAGCAUACUAGCGCAACACCUAAGAAGCGUGAUAUAGCAGUGCCAAGUUUGGCAUCCAUUGAGGAGAUGAGAACACCCAUCUUUGAAAUCGAAAACAAAGAUAAUAAUACUUCAGCGGAUGGGUUGAAAUGGGCCAUCACUGAAAGCAAGAUCCCGCAUCUGGCAGCCUCACCUAUGCUUCAGAGAACUCCCUUUGCUGAUAUCAAUCGAUUUUGACUACAAGGGUUAGUACCUUUGAAGACCAUAUAUGAUGGAAAGCGACAGAUGUGGUUGUUUUUAUGUCAAUCAAGCUCUUUUAUUUCAAGAUUAACGUGCUCAUCAUCUGAUGAAUACGAGUCUAAAUAUCCUCAAGAGUGAAAUGUUUUAGAUGAGACAACAUGUUUAUGCAAGAAAUUAAACCAGGGUAGUAUGUGUAACGACGUGUAUGAUGUAUCUUAUCUAGAAGCUGAAUAGUUGGGUAUAAAAGUUAUUGAAUAUAUAUAGUCCUAGCCAUGCCGAAUGUUCUUUUUGCC